AAAAACCACACCUGCUAUGAGAAAACAAAUAAUACAUAUGAUUAAUAACCAAUGCUUACUAAUUAUUAAAGUUUCUCAACAUUUUCAGCUUGCAUCUUCAACUGUUCAAAGUAUUGUAAACAGAUUUAAUGAAGAGAAUAGGAUUACUUUUAAAGCAAGAGAUACUACUAUCGUUCAAAGAAAAGAAUAUGUUGACAACAUAUUUCAAGAAAAUAUUGAUAUGUAUAAUGAUGUCAUAUAUAUUAACAAAUCUGGUUUUAAUCUACAUUUAACUCAUUCACAAGGACAUGCAUCUAGUGGAAAACCUGCUAUUAAAGAGAUUGUUAAACAAUAUGGCAAAAAUAUUACAAUUAUA